AUGAUGUCAUACCUGAAAGUUAUGAUCAUAUGGAACAUACUUUGCUUAUCCUUGGUGGUCCUUUCACUGUCCUUGAUUCCAGAAGUGUCUUCUCAAGCCGCCUCCUGCGAGGGACGCUGCUUUGAAGCCUUCGAGAGGGGAAGGGAGUGCGACUGCGAUGCCGACUGCGAGCGAUACGGCAAAUGCUGCCCAGACUACGCCAAGCACUGCAAAGAGGCACACACAGAAAAGCCAACCCCAGAGACUCCUCCAGACAACAAAUCAAAAAGGUCCUCCACAGAUGAGGAAGAGUUACCAGAGGAAGCUGUGGAAGAUCCUGAAAUCCAAGUGACCACACCUGCUCCAACUACAGAACCAGCAGAGACAACCCUUGGAGCCACAGAGGAACCACCUACCAAGGAAGACAGUCCCACAACCCCAAAGGUAGAGGAUAUAACCCCCGAGGCCACAGAGGAACCGGCGACCGAAGCUGACCCUCCAACUCCGGAUACGACAGAAGAUGUGACCGCUGAUGCCACAGAGGAACCACUGAAUGAAGAGGACCCGACCGACCUGCCCCCGACACAAGACCCAACCCCUGACUCCACUGAGGCACAAGCAACUGAGACCGAGCCCCCCAGCACCCCCACGCCUGAAGAGACAACCCCAGAGGAGCCCACAACCCCCGCACCAGAGGAGACAACCCCCGCACCAGAAGAGACAACCCCCGCACCAGAGGAGACAACCCCAGAGGAGCCUACAACUCCUAAACCAGAGGAGACAACCCCAGCACCAGAGGAGACAACCCCCGAGGAGCCCACAACCCCUGCACCAGAGGAGACAACCCCAGAAGAGCCCACAACCCCCGCACCAGAGGAGACAACCCCUGCACCAGAGGAGACAACCCCCGCACCAGAAGAGACAACCCCAGAAGAGCCCACAACCCCCGCGCCAGAGGAGACAACCCCCGCACCAGAGGAGACAACCCCAGAGGAGCCCACAACCCCAGCACCAGAGGAGACAACCCCCGCACCAGAGGAGACAACCCCAGAGGAGCCUACAACCCCCGCACCAGAGGAGACAACCCCAGAAGAGCCCACAACCCCCGCACCAGAGGAGACAACCCCCGAGACAACCCCCGCACCAGAGGAGACAACCCCAGAAGAACCCACAACCCCCGCGGAGCCCACAACCCCCGCACCAGCGGUGACAACCCCCGCACCAGAGGAGACAACCCCAGAGGAGCCCACAACUCCUAAACCAGAGGAGCCCACAACCCCUGCACCAGAGGAGACAACCCCAGAAGAGCCCACAACCCCCGCACCAGAAGAGACAACCCCCGCACCAGAGGAGACAACCCCAGAGGAGCCCACAACCCCCGCACCAGAGGAGACAACCCCAGAGGAGCCUACAACUCCUAAACCAGAGGAGACAACCCCAGCGGAGCCCACAACCCCCGCACCAGAGGAGACAACCCCCGCACCAGAGGAGACAACCCCAGAGGUGCCAACAACCCCUGCACCAGAGGAGACAACCCCUAAACCAGAGGAGACAACCCCAGAGGAGCCAACAACUCCUAAACCAGAGGAGACAACCCCAGAGGAGCCCACAACCCCCGCACCAGAGGAGACAACCACAGAGGAGGUGACAACCCCUAAACCUGAGGAGACAACCCCAGAGGAACUGACAACCCCCGCACCAGAGGAGUCCACAACCCCAGAGGAGCCCACAACCCCUAAACCUGAGGAGACAACCCCUAAACUUGAGGAGACAACCCCUGCACCAGAGGAGGUGACAACCUCUAAACCUGAGGAGACAACCCCAGAGGAGCUGACAACUCCGAAACCAGGGGAGACAACCCCAGAGGAGCCAACCACCAAGGCAGACUCUCCCAUCACCCCUAAACCUGAAGAAACAACCCCAGAGGAACCAACAACCCCUAAACCAGAAGAGACAACCCCAGAGGAGCCCACAACUCCCGCACCAGAGGAGACAACCCCAGAAGAGCCCACAACCCCUGCACCAGAGGAGACAACCCCAGAGGAGCCCACAACUCCUAAACCAGAGGAGACAACCCCAGCACCAGAGGAGCCAACAACCCCAGAGUUGACAACAAUAAAGGCAGACUCUCCCACCACCCCCAAUCCUGAAGAGACAACCCCAGAUGAACCUACAACCAAGGCAGACUCUCCCACCACCCCUAAAGAAGAGGAUGCUGACUCUCCAACCACCCCUGCAACCCCUGAGGCCAACACCUCUGCCAGUAAAGCCACGGCUUCUCCAGGCAAUGCUGCAACCACAACAGUUGGGGACUCCUCCACACUUGAGGCAGGCACGAUGCUUUCAGAUACCACAAUCGAGAACAAGGAGACAACAACACCCAAGAAAGACAAGACUACUCUGCUUAAAGACAUUUUCACAGCUGCAACUGGGAAAGACGCAGUUACUGUAGCUAUGGUGACAACAGCUAAACCAGGUGAUUCUCCUAAAGGUAUGGAUGACAUUCCAAACACUUCUCCUAUGGCCGAGCAACCUGUCACUGCAGCAGCUGAAUCAGAAUCAACUUUUACAGACACCAAGACUGCAACAACAGCAGCCACAGCUCCCUUGCCCAAUCCCACUGUGCUGGUAACAACCAUCAAAGAUUCAACUCCUCAACCCAAUGAGGCUGUAACAACAAAUGAAAAAGAGACAACUACAGACACUGAGCAGGCUGGGCCAGCAGCAGACAAAGAGAGCCCAGGUGCUGCUUGUGUUAUUGUGGAGAUGACAACAGCUGGUAAAAAAGAGGUAACAACCAUCAAAGAAAUGGACACCAUACCUGAAAAAGAAAUGGAAGAUGUCACUGAAAAGGCCCCUGGUAUUGCCAAAGAAGAUGUAACUACAGUAACCAAAGAAACCACCACAAGGGAUAAAAAAGACACAAUAGAAGAAAUGUAUCUUGUGUCUAAUGGGACAUCCAAGCCAACAAUACAUUUCCAGGAGGUCACCGAAGAACCUCACCCAACUGAACCUGAAACUCUGCCAGAGAAAGAAGAGCCAGAGAUAAACAAACCUCUAAUACAAGUUGAGGACCUGCCAAUGUUCCCUGGAGAAACACACGAGAGCAAGAACGACGAGAAGGACCUGUGCAGCGGCAAGCCAGCGGACGGCAUGGUAGCCCUGCCCAAUGGCACCCUGGCCGUCUUCCGAGGUCACUAUUACUGGCUGCUGAACGGCCGGACCCCGCCGACCACCAACCCCCGCCGGAUCAGCGACGGCUGGGGCAUCCCCUCGCCCAUCGACUCCGUCUUCUCCAGGUGCAACUGCGAUGGGAAAACCUUCUUCAUCAAGGGUCCCCUGUACUGGCGCUUCACUAACGGUGUUAUGGAUAAAGGCUAUCCCAAACCUCUUGCAACUGGAUUUGCAGGAUUAAGUGGGAGAAUAGUAGCAACCCUCCCUGUGGCAAGAUACAACAACAGACCAGAAUCUGUUUAUUUUAUCAAAAGAGAUGGGAACAUGCAGCAGUACGUGUACAGACAAGAACCAGCCAAGAAGUGUCAAAGAAGAGCCCGGGUGACCAUCCGAUACCCAGCCUUUGUCCCCAGAGUGGUGAUCCGGCGGCGCUUCCAGCGUGCUGUGCAAAUGCCGACCGUCGUCCGCACCGUCAGGAUCAACGUCCACCCCUCUGGUGUUCUGCGCAAGGAAAUCCAAAUGCAGUCGUACUGGAGAGGGCUCCCCAAAGUUAUCCACUCAACUCUCUCUGUGCCCAACCAGAACAAGCCCGAUGGCUACGAUUACUAUGCCUUCUCUUACAAUCGGUACUACAGUUUGGAUAUUGGCAAAAGAAUAGCACGACCUGUUACUGCUCUCACAGGAAAGACUGUAUCCAAAGACUGGUACAACUGUCCCAGCAAGUGAUGCACAGCAGAGGAGUUUAAAACAAGACACCAUUUGAAUGUCAACUUUUUUUCUAAUUUUAUUAAUAAAAGACACUGAAAUGUGUGCACACACCUCUAA